AUGAGUGUACGAAAAUUACUGUUUUGUUGCAUUUGUAAUAAGUGCCCUGGUUUUACUGAAUCUUCGUCGAGUGCAUCAAAUGACAACAAACGAUCUCUGAAGUCUGGAAACGAACUAAUAGACUGGAUAAGACUGGGAAAUUCAGGAGUGGAUUUAACAGGGGUAGGCGGUCGAGUGCGAAUAGUUUGUCCCGCUGAGCUUAAAAAACAUUGUACAAAAGAUGAUGCCUGGUUGGCAAUUCGCGGACGUGUUUACAACAUCACUCAUUAUCUACCGUAUCAUCCCGGAGGUGCAGAAGAGCUAAUGCGUGGUGCUGGCAGAGAUGCCACUGAAUUAUUUGACAAGAUUCAUCCAUGGAUUAAUUACGACUCUCUUCUUGUGAAAUGUUUAGUAGGAAAUCUUCGCUCGGAUACUCCAGAUAAUGACAUUUUUUUCGAUGCAUCUGAUUCCUUUCCUGAAUCUGAUCUUCUUAUAUCGUCAUCUAAAGCAGGAGUACAGAUUACGAACCGAAAUUAUAUAACGAAUUUUACCACUCCCCCUAAAAAGAAAAUUCCGUACUUACAAGCAGAAAAUUCGCAAAACUCUCGAAAAAUAAAAAGCUUAAAGCAGGAUGAAGCAUUGUUUCCUGGAUUUCUUGGUACCUUACAUGUUUUAAAAAGAGAAGCAUACGCUGAAGAUGUGCCACCGGCCAUUUUCUUUGAUUGGGAACAAACUCUAACAAAACUGACAGUUGCAAUCUAUACUGGACCCAUGAGUAAUCCAAGUACUUAUUCACAAAUUGCAGAACGUAAUUUGCUCAUUAAAGUAACUGUUAACGGUUGGAUACGAACUAUUAAAUUAAUUACUGAAGAUAGUCUGCUGGAAUCCCUACAUACAAGCAUUAUAGCUCAUAAAGCUGAAAGUAAAAUAUGGAAAUGUUGUGGGGAGGUUACUAUAGGUCCAGCAAGUAAAGAUUUCUCACCUCAAAUUAUGAGCUUUAAAGUCGUAGAUAACAAAAAAUUAACUCAUGACACCAGAUUGUUGACAAUAACUCCAUGCUUCGGGACAGUUAUCAUUCCCAUAGGCCAUCAUAUACGAAUACAUCAAACAAUUGCAGGUUCGGAGUACAUUCGAUCAUACACGCCAGUGAGUAAUUAUUGGAUUGACUCAAAAUCGCAUAACAAUACGUAUUUACACCUUGCUAUAAAGCGUUAUGAUAACGGUAUCCUCUCACCUAUGCUCACCACAUUAAGCUUUAAAGAUGAUCUAAAAGUGUCGGGACCUCACGGAACAUUCGCAUUACAUAAGCUUAAAUUAAUCAAGACAAUCCUUUUAUUAGCGGCCGGAUCUGGCAUCACACCUAUGCUGGGCGUAAUUAAAUUUAUGCUUUCAAGAACAAAUCCUUUAUGCGAACGUGUACAACUAUUAUUCUUCAAUAAAACCGAGAAAGACAUCAUGUUUCAAGAAGGCUUUGAAGAAUUGGCAAAUAGAGAUCAAAGGUUCACCGUUGUUCACAUUCUCUCAAACGCUAGUUCAACAUGGACGGGCUGCAAGGGACGAAUUAACAUCGAGCUUAUAUCUGCAGUAUUGAUCGGAGGUAGCAUGACUUAUGAAGAAGAUUCGCUAUUUAUUUGUGUCUGUGGACCAACGGAAUUUUCAUAUGCCGCUCUAAAAAUACUUAAAAAUCUCAGAAUAGGAGAAAGCUCUAUAUAUGUAUUUACUGGCUAA